AUGUCAGCAUCGCGAUGGGAAGGAUUACAGACCCAGGCACCUAUUACUGGUGGCCGCCAAUUUGACGCCUCAUCGCAACCACAGCGCUUUCUCGAGGCCAACAGCUUCGUUCGAAGCGGACUUGUUGAAUGGAGAGUUAACACCAUUGAUCCUUCAUUUUAUGACUGUUUGUACAGUGUUGCAAACACUGGAAAUACAGUGAUUGAACGCUGCUACAAAGAUAUUGGGUGCUGCGCGGAUGGAUGUUGCAAAAACUCGUAUUGGCGUAAUCGUUAUGGCUGGGCCGUCGCGCUCAUCGUGAUUUUCUGCUGUUUGGUGAUCAUCGCGUUCGUCAUUUGGCUCGUAGUGUGGCUCUUCAAUCGUGCCAAAGAUAAACAGCAAAAACGCGAGCUCUACUAUGAGACAUAUGAGGAGAAUUACUCAGGUCUGCCGACUCCUCAGCCGACUCCGACGCAGUACCCCGGCCAACCCGAGCAAUUCUCGUAUGAUCCGGCGCGAGACCGCGACAAUUAUAGAUACUAG